CUCUAGUCUAAGCUCGCCGGUCAUUCAGCUCGACAUCCCGCGGCUCGACAGUCAGCAUGGCACUACAGGCCCCGUCCUCCGCAUCGAGCUCUCAGCGAAAAGUAAAGCAUAUCCGGAUGCCGGGGUCGUCCCGGCGGCCAGCAAGCUGCAAGAUGCCGUGCGCCCGGCGAACUGCGCCCAAAGAGGGUUAUGCGCAUGAGGCAUGUCCAUCCCGCAACACGGGAUAGCUCAACAAGAGCGCGGUCGAACGAACGACCGGCGCAGAUUUCUGUUGGUGGCGUCGUACCACUGCGCCUCCGAGCCCCGAGCCCGCAUCACCCCAUGCAGCCAAGCCUUCGAGGGUUGUUGUCACGCCAGUUGUACCCCGAUUCCGGCCCAUUCACUGCCGCGGUAUGCCGGCGGUGCGUGCAGGCUGCGGGCGACCGCCACCAUUACGCGAUGGCUUCCACGGUCCGCCGUCGGACGUGCGCUGGCGCGGGACUCGACACGCGGCGGGCGACGCGCGAACGACGCGGCGACACGAUGCAGCGCGGCGCCUGCUUACCAAUGCGGGCAGCGAGGUCGAAGGCGGGCGGGCUGCGCUCGAGACCGGUCUGUGCGGAGGGGUCGAGCCCGCCGUGGCAUCGCACAGGAAGGAGCAAGGAAGCGAUCGAGUGCCUGGCCAGUCUGUUGCUUAAUGAAGCCAGCGUGUCUGCCUCCGAGACCCACCUUCCGCUGUGCGGGCGAGGAUCAGGGUUCAAAUGUUCACCGGCUGGGGACCCUGCGGCGAUCGAUUGGGGGUGCAUGCAUAUACACGCAUCCAUUGUGAUCGCGGCGCGCGCAGCUGGGAAAGGCUUGUCGUUUGCAUGAGGUCAUCCGCACCGUGUGCUCGCUUGUCUCUCCUCCUGCGGACAGGCAAAGGGGGCGGAACGCUUUCGACAAGGGCCCCAUCGCUCGU